CACCUGCAUGCCCCUAGGGAGGUCGGUCCCCCUACCUGCUGCGUGCUGCUGCCGCGCCCGCCACUCGCUCAUCGUUCGACAUCAUCGUCACCAUUCGUCACUGGCACCUCUGCGCUGCUCUGAAGCCAUUCGCCAUCCUCUAGACCAGCAAAGCACCUGCAUCCCAGUUGCCUCGCUUCGUUCCUCUACCACGUUUUCCGCCCAUUGCUCAAGUCACGCUCAUUCCAAAGCUGCCCUGCACAGAGGGCUAUCUGUUUUCGCUCUACGAAUUAUCACCCGCUCUAUCUCAAAAUUCGAAUCCACCCUUUGAAUCCUCGCGUUUCCACAGACGAACCAUCAUUCUGCCUGUCUCGACUCACUAAGAGUUCAUCAGACUGCCCCCCUCUUCAAGGAAAAUAAAACAUUGCGACCGCGACCGCGUGGCGUUGCCGCCCCUAUGCCAACCAAGUUGAAAUAACAACAUCGCAUUUCCGGAACCGCCUGUGCCACGGCCGGUCGACCCUACCUUACUCCUUAUACCUACAUUGAAAUUUGUCUUGGGCGCCAGUCCGGUCGUCGUUGAUGUCUCUAAUCAGGGUUUGCGAACCUCCGCCUCGACUCAGCCCUGUCCCUUGACCGAGCCGCCCCCUUCCACCGGCCAUCUGAACUGCUACCGCUGGGCUCAGCAUGGGCUUUUGGCCAUUUGGUGGAGGCAAAAAAGGCCGAACGAACCAAGGCGAAGACCAAGGACGACACUCACUUCUGGAGAAAACACGGACAGAUCUUCGCGCCAGAACAAACACAAGCUCCUCUCAAGAAUUUGUCACCAUGGGCCGGACAACAAGUCAACGCGGACAAGACGAGAAGCCACGAAGGCUUUCGAAACAGCGGCUUCCUUCUCAUCCCGGAAAUGUUCCCCGUGCCCAGACGUUACCCGUCAGCGUACCAGGACUCGAGUCCCUUGGCUACAAGAAUGGCUCCUAUGGGAGAGGUGGAGGCUUUCAAAGUACUGAUAUCUAUUCGCACAAUCCAAUGUCACAGACUAGCAUCGGCCCCGAAGAUUUCACGGCAUUGCCGCAGGCUCCCACGCUACUAGCUAGGCGUCCAGGCUACGAUCCGACACUUCAUCGAAGAAAGUCAAGUAAGAGAAAGGCCGAGGACUAUGCUCGCGAGAGGGAGGUGCGGGCCAUGAGCUCGCCGAUCCAAAUUUUGAAGAGGCCCACCACGUACUCGGGAUCAGGACCACUUCGACGAGACACCAAACAGAUCCCGGGCGAUCUCAACAGGAGACUGCAAAGACCGACUUCCGAAGUGUCUUUGCCCUUGCCAGAAACAAUACAAGAAUCCGAAGACCUUUCCAACCAAGCUUCUUUCAAGAUUGGGAUCCUAGCAGCGUUGAGCCCGAGGCCCACACUAACAUACGUGGCAAGCCCUCGACCUUCAGCUGGAAAGCAACCCGCAAGAGUGAAACCCUCGGUUCAGCAAGCUAUAGAGGAGGAGGACCCGUCGUCAAAGAAAAGGAUAAAUGAGUUAGCAGACGAGCUCGACGCAGGAGGGUUGAGAGAGCUGAUGGACAGAGAUCGAAGACGCAAGGAAAGGAAAAAAGAGGCCGACCGAGCUCGUUUGGAGCGAAAGUUGCAGCGCAAGGCGGAUAGGCAGCGGGAGGAGGAAUUUCGUGGUCGCCAAGCCAAUGAUGCCUCUGAUGAUCGCACCGUCUCAGGUGAGGACUCUGAAAGAAGGGGUCGUGCGCCGUUCGGCAAUGUUGGAGAACCAUCGCAGACCGCUGUCGCACGAAGGCUUCCAAGUCCUGCUCGCCAACCGACCAACAACCCAUUUGCUGAUCCGGGAAGCUCACAAGCUCGGCCGGUCCAUCACAUAAGAAACCCCUUUGAAGAUGAGAAAGAUAUUGAUCCCACACAAGAAUCAUUCCUUCAUGAGGGGGAAGACGAAGAAGAAGAAGAACCGCCCGUGCCGGUUAGAUCGCCUCUCCGAACGGUCUCUGCCGCUCAAGUCAGGAGAGAGGAGAAGGCGUCUCAGGCAGCCACGAUCUCCCCUCCCAUCUCUCCGGCACAGGGGCCUAUUGACCGCCAAAGCCUGUCUCAAACGAGCGGGCUUGCCCGUGAAAUCACACCAGACAUUCCAGAAUAUGGGUCGCUUGAUCGUCGCGCUUCGGACCAGAGCAACCAACAGCUCAGUUCUUGGACCAGCUUUUUCAGGCGUGGGGGGAGACGGAAGACCAGUAACGUUGAACGUGGUCGAAGCACGCCGUCCGAGUUCUCGAACACGUCUCGCGAGUCAUUUGCUGCUCGAAAGCAACAGCCCCCACCUGUGAUGGUUCCCCGAACGUUUCGAAGAUCUGAUUCCUCUUCGGUUCCACAAAGAACCAUGUCCAAAUUCCGCGAGGAUCUGCCCGAACUUCCCAUUUCUCCACCAGACUCUCGUGUCCAGUCCCCGGAAGUGAUGGCUAGCGCACAAGCUGGACAGGCAUCUCGGCAACCGCGACACUCGCUGUCAGGGACUUUGGACAAUCGAAGUCUUGCCACCAGCUCGAGUAAUGCAGCAUUGGAUCGUGGGGCAGCUGAAGCUCGCCACCCUCAAGGUGUUGACGUUGAGAUGGGUGGCACCGCCUCAGGGCCGGGCCUGUCCCAAUCACUAGCGUCCGUUGACUCGGAAGGAUCUUGGCUGUCAGGCAAGCCUCCCAAGAGGCUCUCAGGCGGCAUGGGCCACCCACUUCGACAAAGCCAGUCCUCAAUUCCGCCGCAAUCCAUUCCCGGCUCUUUCGAACCGGAAGAUGAUGACCUCGCAAACGACGAAUACCUUAACAAGUUGUCCCCGGGACCGAGUGGGCGCCGAGAUUCGGUUGCUUCUGCCGGGCGCAGAGCAAGCAGUAAUGUUAUCGAUCUGGAGCGGGAACGCGAGCAAAGCCCCGUGCCCGACGUCCCCCCCAUCUCAGCUGCUCAAGGUGGAGAUGAGAGAUGGCAUGCCGGGGUCGCGCGACAAGCUACCGUGGUACGGCAGCCAAAUCGAGCAAGAUCGAAGGAAGGACUGUUGAAGGAGACGGGAAAAGACGACUUGAGCGCAUCUCGAAGAGUUAGCACAGAUGUGGAGAACGAUGGCGAACUUGCGGAAGGCGAACCUGCUGGAACGGAACUACAAGAACCCACGCUCCUACGCGCCAGAAGUGUGGACUACAAAGGCCAUGCGAAGCAUAUCAGUGCUGGAAGCGCCCGGUUACUGGACAUUCGGCGAUCGUCGACUCAGUCGGAAAGUGCACCACGAAGUGCCAGCCUUUCCAAUAUUGUACCACCAACCCAGCGGGAACAGCCCACACCACCACCGACAGAGUGACAAGGCUGUGCCGAAGCCACCGACGACUAUCCCUUUUUCCUUUGUCCAUUUUCUAUGUUUGGCCCGCGGAAGCAAAAGACCCAUUGCCACUACGGGAACAACCGUCGGGACGGUUGAUCAGAACAUUCCUACGACAUUCAUGAUGCCAAAAAUUGAUACCCCAGAUCGCUCUUUUAACAUUGAUUUUUUUUUUCUUACAUUGGGGGACACAUGGCUCUUGCCUUUUCUGUGGCGGAUGUUGAAUUGAGUCACAAUUAGCGGGAGGAGAGAGUCUGGCUGAGGGCGAGCGGGCAUAUAGCUGAAUGAAGCAAUUGAUUUGCAAACAGGUUGUCAUUGGUGGUCACCCGCGAUGGAGCCGAAUCCCGGCCGAUUUGGCAUCUUUGGCAUCUUUGGCAAUGUUUGUACUCGGUCUACAUGUAUACCUGUACACAGCGAGAGGGUUUGUGGAGGACUAUGGGGGAUAACCAGGACGGGGGGCAGACAAAUCACGCAAUAUCACUCCAUACUAGGAAACAACUCGGGACUGAUACUCCGUA